AAGAUGUGUUUACGGUCCGCCGCCCGACCCUAAUUUUUUCUGCCGACCCUACCGUUUUUUUCCGGAAAAUCCGGCAUCUUUUGCUUAUUAGUUAGAACGAUCUUUAUCAAUAAGGCCCUUGAACAAAUCCCGAAUCAAAAGCUGCUUUAUGUAAACGCUUUAGUGACCCAGACUUGUUGUACUAAACAACAUGGCGGGCGAUAACAGUGUGUUGGCAUUAGAUUUUUUGAAAUGUCAACACUCAGAGGAGAAAAAAAUGAUAAUCCCGCUCCGUAAUGCUACGACAUUCUUAGAGGUGUUCGAUCGCUUCCACGGGGACACGGCGGGGAAGUCUUCCUCCUUCCAAGUGAAAACAAAAACGGACUCUGGGCAAGGACACGAUGUCCUGUCGUCUUUAACUGUUGGCGAGAUUGUGCAUCUGUUUAAUGUAAGACACUUUGUUUUUACGUGCACUUGCGAGCUUGAAACAAAGGCUCAGCAACUUUCUGAAAUCAACGUCCACGCCAAGGUGGCGACCAAGAAAGCCGUGAAUGCAUUCGAGCUAAUGAUGGCAGGCGGGAGGUCUUUCCCCUCGAAGAAAAAAAGCAGCUCUGGAAUGAAAGCAGGUUUGAGCAGAAAAGAUGAGCUCUAUAACAAAUUGAUAGACAAGUUUACGUCGGAAGGAUUGGAUUUCCCCAAAUCUACAGCAAGCACUGAUGGUUCAUAUUUUGUCCAGAUUAAACAUGGAGCUUGUCAUGUGCAAUGCUCUCUGGUAUACCACAAACCAUCAUGCAACUAUUGACGACGCGGCAAAACAUAAAGCUGAGGUACAUUCCUUCCCUCAAGCAUUCAGCGCAUUUGACGGGUUCAAUGAUAUUAAGAGGAAGAAACACAAGUCAUUACCAAUGACUUCUUCAGAGCUCGCUAGUCACUCUGAGGCACUGUAUUCCUUACUGAUGAAGCCAGUGACAAACAGUUCUGCAACAUGGAAAACAGCUGGAACUCAGAUUAGCGAACUUGCAGACUGUCUAUCUGCCUAUAGUAAUUAUCUGAAAAAUCAGACAAAGAUUAUGUUGGAACAUCAUGCCAAUGACCAUCCUGCUCGGACAAUUGACAAAGAUGCCACAGUGGAACACAGGCAUAAGUGUUCUUUUGGUGUGAAGCCUAUGUACGUGAUCCUGGAUGAGGCUAUGAAAGCUGCAGGAGAAAACACACCUGUUUUUUUUGACGAACAUCACCAUGUUGAAAACCUUUUCCCUUCCAAUCAACAUAGGGCUAGAUUUUUGACGGAUCUACAACUGUCUAUGCCAGUUGACAUGGUGCGUUUUAGUCCUGGUGGAUCUUCUCUGUCCAUUGUCUGUCUGAUGGCAGUGCAAGCAUCGAGGUCACUACCAGAAAUGCUUACCCAAACAGCAAGGUUUCUGCAAACGGCUCGACCAAGAUUGAAGGAAUUCCAUACUAGGGCACAGCGACGUCAUUUCAAGGAACAAUUGAAGAACGUAGCAUCAGUCCUACCAUCAGUGUGCGACAUGAUUUACAAGGAACUGGCAAUGGAUGCUGCUAUUGCUGCUCAUCCGAUCACACAGGAAAGAUUACGGUUGAUAUUUUUGGGCAACACUGGUCUUGUCAGAGAUUUACGGAGCUUGAACCCUGGUCGUCCUAGUGGCAAGUUUGACACAUUCUUUGAUGCAUUGUCUGGACAGAUUGAAAACAUUACUGCAGCAGAUGACCGGCGUCAUGGGGUUGCCCAUCUCUCCGAGUUUAUAUCUCUAAAAGAGAUGAUUACUAAAGCAAAGAAUGAAUGCCCAGAAGGAACGCCAAUUCCAUCAAAGAGCCUUGUUAGACUUCAGUUUGCACCCAGGAACCCAUAUUCCAAAACAGCACACAACUUCACAUCGAGAAUAAACGUGCAGCAUAAAAUACAACGCCGCCAAUUACGAGUGUCUCAUCCCGACGACCAUUACUGCAAUGCACAGUUUAAGUAUCUCAAACAGAAAGCCAUCAACCAACAGAACUGCACGCUACUGUUCUGCGAUGACAAGGCAAAAGUGCCCUUUGGAGAUCCUGGUCAUCUUAUAUCAACAGGAGUCCGGGGAAAAAAGACUAUUGUCCCUUCUACCACCACUUUGGUUGCGCUUGAUCACGACAUGAAUCACUCAUCACUCACACCAUCAGUGAUCCUCCAGUGUGAUAUUCCAAAGGAAAUUAAUGACUCGUUUGUUCGUGGACAAGUCACAACAGUCAUAAAUGAUUCUGUAUUGCAGCAGUCAUCUCCUUUUCGGCAUAAUGCAGUGCUUGCUAAACUACUAGCAGAAAAAGAAACCAUGCAACCUAUCCUGAUGAAGUUUACAGAUGGUGGGACUGACCAACGCAACAACAUCGAAAGUGUGAAAUGUGCUACCAUUUGCUUGUUCAGAGAACUUAACUUGGAUAUGAUAAUAUUGGGUCGAUGUGCCCCAGGACACAGCUAUGUAAACCCAGCUGAGCGAGUUAUGAGUAUCUUGAAUCUUGGUCUCCAGAACGUGGCACUCCAGAGAGAAGUGUCAGAUGAGGAGAGCGAGAAGUAUUUCAAACGCUGUAAUGGUAUGGCAGACAUGAGAGAGCUCUUGAACACAAAAAAGCCAGAACUGAAACAGUCAUGGAUAGACGUUGUCGAGCCUGUGCAGUCCAUUAUCCGAAAUCGGUUCCUCCGCUUGAGCCUGAAAGAUGUUCCCUUUGCAGCAAUGGAUCCAGUACCAGACACUGACAUUGAUCUCUUAAAGCGACAUCUCCGAGAGCUGUUCCCAGAUCUGGACUUGCAGAAGUUAACCAAGGCUCAUGCAAGUAAGGUAGAAUCCUACACGUCUUGGAUGGCAUCGCACAGUAGAUCUAGACACUAUACCUUCCAAGUCAGGAAGUGUGAGGAUUUGUCCUGCUGCUCUGCACCGACACUACCACGGGAACAACUAAAUUGGCUCCCCGAUCCAGUCCUUGAUGCAAGCGGAGACCAUUACCGCCCGUAUUCCGAGGUAGAGGACAUGGAUACAGAUGAGAAGGACAGACCUUCACUUAAGGCAGCCCCUAAGCGAAAGGAAAAAAGAACUGCAGAUGUUGGACAACCAGCUGCUGCUGAGAAUCGAGGUGAAGGAGCUACUGCUGUCGACCGAGAACCUGCUACUUCGGAUCAACAGGAAGAGGAUGCAGCAUUACCUGAACCAGAUCCCCAUUUAUGUACUAGCCAGAAUGCUAGAGCUGUUGUGACAUGUGUGGAGUGCCAAAAGCCUAGGGUCAUAUACAGUAGACAUAAACUAACUGAUAGACAAACAAUGACUGUAGCCCUUGCUACUAGCGAAUUUGAGUAUACUUGCGGCAGCCCUCUUUUGCCACCGACAACAAGCCUAUACACAAAAGUCAUGUGUCGAAGUAACAUCACUUGUUCCACAACAGUUGAGUUGCAAUUUUAUGCAAGCAGCCUGGGACGCACCGAUAUCUGCUGCUUUUGUACAGCAGAAAAUUCAGAUGUGGACACACAGUUACUUAAAAAAUACAAAACAGUGUUGCCUAUGUGUGCAUCUUGCACUAGCAAAGGAAAACAGGCAGUAGUAGCUCGACCUUUUUAGGUCAUCUGAUCCGAACAUAAUGAAGCAAUUUGUUUCUCUGUGUAUAGACCAUGAAAAUAUAAUUUACUGUUAGAUUGAUGUGCUUAAUCUGUUGAAUGUUUCCUUUUAUUAAACUUGAAAGAAAUGAUGUUUUAA